AUGGCGAGCUCCGCGCCGUCGUCUCCGCAGGGGGGGUCGGCCAUCUUCACGGCGCUCUGGCCCUUUGACUCCAGGACUCCGGAGGAAAUGUCUUUCCAGGAGGGGGAACUGUUCAGUGUGAUCACCCGCAAUGGAGGCUGGUGGAGCGCGCGGAAGAUCGACAAGAACGGGCGCGUGCUGGGGAGCGGGAUAGUGCCAAGUAACUACCUGGUGAGGGCUGAGUCUCUGGAGAUGGAGCCAUGGUACUUCGGGACUAUGAACCGCUUUGAGGCUCAGAACCACCUGAUGACUCCAGAGAAUGAACAAGGAGCUUUCCUCAUCCGCUGCAGCGAGAAGAACGACGUCGGAUACGUCCUAUCAGUGAAGUCGGACACUCGAGUGAAGCAUUUUAAGGUCCUCCAAUUGGACGAGAGUCGUUUCUACGUGGAGGUGAACCAGGAGUUUAGCUCCCUGAUCGACCUGGUGGAGUAUUACCGUGGCAACGCCCUCAACAACGCAGGCAGACUGGGAAGCCCCUGCAAGAGGCUAAAGCCCAAAGCAGAUCCUAACUUCACAGAGGACGACUGGGAGCUCCCUAAAGAGGAGUUCACUCUGCUGGAGGAGCUGGGCAGCGGCUACUUCUCUGAUGUCUACCGAGGACUCUGGAAAAAAAGUAUUAACGUCGCCAUCAAGAUCAUCAAAAGUGGUAUUUCAUCUCAUCUGUUGCUCUAA